CAAAUUGAGGGAAAAACACUGAACUCUCUGAACACCAGUUGACUCGCUCUCAACUCAAAGCCGAGUCUAAAAUCCUUCCUAACUCGUCCCUCUCAACUCACAACUCCAAUCCUGAAUCGACUGUGAAACCAUCACCACCCUCUCCCAUUUCCUCUCCACAACAACAACAACAACAACGACGAACACCAGUUGUUCUACUCUUAACUCGUUUCCCUCAUCGAGUCUCAAGAUUUCAACGCCAAGUUACAAUAACUCAUUAUCAAUUUCAACAAUGUCAAUUCAUUAGUAUGCAAAGCACCGGUACUAGCAACUAUAUCCCCCUGUGAUUACCGCAGCGGUGAUCGACCGCAUUAAACUAACUCCGAUCACCGACACGGAGGCACCACCCAAAAUGAAACCCCCGAAUCUCAACCUCUCAAUUUCUCCCAAAGACACCAUCAUGGCCAACAAAGCAAUCACCUACCUAAAACGCCACCCACAAAACCUCCCAUCACUCUCACCUCACUUCACUCCCCAAGCAGCCACCUACCUUCUCCUCACUUCCCAAAACAACAAAUCCCUAAUCCUCAAUUUCCUCAACUGGGCCAACUCCAAACCCCACCCUUUCUUCACCCCCCAUUGCCAAACCCUAACCCUCCACAUCCUCACUCGCUUCAACCUCUUCAAAACCGCUCAAACCCUAGCUCAAAACCUCAUCACAUCCUCAAACAACACCACCUCCCUCGUUUUCAAUCUCCUCCAAGAAACCUAUCACUCAUGUAACUCGUCUUCUGCAGUUUUCGAUUUACUAAUCAAAUCAUAUUCCCAGCUUAACCUAAUCGAAAACGCUAUUCACACCCUCCACCUCGCUAACCGCCACGGUUUCUCCCCGGGAGUAUUGUCUUAUAACUCAAUCCUCGAUUCAAUACUCCGGAAUGGGGCUGACCGGUUAUCAAUUCAGCACGGUAACCGUGUCUUCAAUGACAUGAUUCAUAACAAUGUGUCGCCGAAUAUAUAUACUUACAAUGUAAUGAUCCGUGGAAUGGUUUCCGCGGGGAAUUUGGAUUCUGGUCUCCGUCUUAUUCGUGAGAUGGAGGCUAAAGGCUGUUUGCCGAAUGUUGUGACUUAUAACACCAUGAUAACUGCUUAUUGUAAAGAGAAUAAACUCGAGGAAGCGUUUGGUUUGUUGAGAAUUAUGGCUAAGAACCGGGUUGAGCCUAAUUUGAUUUCUUAUAAUGCUGUUAUUAAUGGUUUGUGUAGUCAAGGGAGGAUGAAUGAGACGAUGGAAGUGAUUGAGGAGAUGAAUUCAAAUGGUUUGAGUCCUGAUUGUAUUACGUAUAACACGCUUGUGAAUGGGUUUUGUAAAGACGGGAAUUUUCAUCAGGCGCUUGUUCUUCUUCAUGAGAUGGCUGGUAAGGGUUUGUCGCCUAAUGUUGUUACGUAUACUACUUUGAUUAAUGGUAUGUGUAAGGUUAAGAAUUUGAGUCGUGCGAUGGAGCUUUUAGAUCAUAUGCGUGUUAGGGGACUUAGUCCUAAUGAGAGAACUUUUACAACUUUAGUUGAUGGGUUUUGUAGGCAAGGGUUAAUGAAUGAAGCUUAUAAGGUUUUGAGUGAAAUGAUUGAUAGUGGAUUUUCGCCUUCGGUUGUUACUUAUAAUGCAAUUGUAAAUGGAUUUUGUUGCUUAGGGAGGGUUGAGGAAGCUGUUGAAGUUUUGAAGGGUAUGGUUGAUAAGGGUUUGUUUCCUGAUGUUGUUAGUUAUAGUACUGUUAUAUCUUUGUUUUGCCGAAAUGGGGAUUUGGGAAAAGCAUUUCAAAUGAAGGUGGAAAUGAUUGAGAAGGGCAUAUUGCCUGAUGUUGUGACGUAUUCGUCGCUCAUACAAGGUUUAUGUCAACAAAGGAAAUUGUCAGAAGCUUUUGAUCUUUUCCGAGAGAUGUUGGGGCGAGGUUUAUCGCCUGAUGAGGUUACUUAUACUAGUUUGAUGAAUGGUUAUUGUGUUGAAGGUGAAUUGAGUAAGGCUCUUGAUUUGCAUGAUGAAAUGAUGCAUAAUGGUUUUUUGCCCGAUGUUGUUACUUAUAGUGUACUUAUUAACGGACUUAAUAAGAAAGCUAGGACAAGAGAAGCUAAGAAGCUUCUUCUGAAGUUGUUAUAUGAUGAGUCUGUACCAAAUGACGUGACGUACAAUACCCUGAUAGAAAACUGCAGUGAUAAUGAAUUUAAGAGUGUGGUAGGUCUUGUCAAAGGAUUCUGCAUGAAGGGUUUAAUGGAUGAAGCGGAUCAAGUUUUUGAGACAAUGCAUCAGAGGAAUUUUAAACCUGAUGGAGCUGUAUAUAAUUUGAUGAUACACGGACAUUGUAGGCGUGGUAAUGCUCGCAAAGCAUAUAAUAUGUAUACAGAGAUGGUGCGUUGCGGUUUUGUUUCUCAUAUGGUGACUGUAAUUUCUCUCAUUAAAGCUCUAUCCAAGGAUGGGAUGAAUGAUGAGCUGAGUUUGGUAAUGCAAAAUAUAUUGAGCAGCUGUACGGUCAAUGAUGCCGAGCUACCUAAAGCACUUGUCCAGAUUAACUUUAAAGAAGGUAACAUGGAUGCUGUUUUAACUAUGCUCACGGAAAUGGCCAAUGAUGGCUUGUUACCUGAUGGUGGAGAUUAUUCACGUGCUUCAGCAAGUGCGUAGUAAUUUCUUAUGUUGCGGGUUAUACUGUGUUACCUUACAAUUUGGACCAACACUUCCUGCAAACAUCCAGUAUGAUUGUUCUUGGCGAUUUGCAGCGGGGAAAUGUAAUUCCCCGGUAAGAAAGUAAUUUAUCUGCAAUUGUCAAAAGUCACCUUCACCAGAUUCUGUUGCGUAGUAGCACUGACUUCCUAAAAGGCUAUAGCGGAUAGCGAGAUAGUCUCUAUUGCAAAGACCAAAAGCCUGCGUAAAAGUCUGUCGUGUCUCAGGAUCUAUGUCGGAGCCCGUGCUUCAUAGAUUACUACUAAAGACUCCUUUAUUAGAGAACAAGGUGGAUUCAUCAAGUCAAUUGUUUUAUCAAUAGAUUGAAAUGCAUGUACCAGCUACCAAGCAUUUUAGUAAUGUUAAUGGUGAAAACAAAGCUGAAUGGAAAAGUUAGACUAGCUGAAAAUGAUAAUCUGAAUAACUAAAACAUCAAUAGCAUUUAAAAGCUCAGAAGUGGCAAGGAAGAGACGGGAUGAAAAGAAACAUGAAAUUUUGCUUUCAGUUCUACUCUUUUUGAUUACAGAUGACACAACAUAUCCAAUAGAAGAUGUAUUGACAUAUCCAAUAGAAGAUGUAUUGCCUAAGGCCUUGAAAAGGUUUUGGAUGCAGGGAAGAAUCUUAUAGAGAAACAGAAGUUUCUUGCCCGUCAAUGAACUUCUGCCAUAGUGAAGAAGAAGCUGUAUCUGUUCUUAGCUUUUUGGUUACAUUUUUGAGUUUUCUCAUGAUUAUGAAAUCAACAUUGAGAGUGAUGAUUUUCGUUUCCAUAAAUUGUGCCAAUGUUCGAAUGUGAACCAUCGAGUAUCUCUAAAUACAUAAGAAACUCAAAGAUGAUGAGUAUUAUGUUAUGAGGAUGGGGGAUAACGGUGGAUAUCUUCGAAUAUUCUAAAGUUAGAAGAUUAUAACAGAUCAAAACAUAGGAGAACAAUGGUGGUAGUAGCACUUAUAAGGAUA